AUGAAAAUGACAUGAGGAAGUCACGAUAAUUUAUGAUAUUUCUUAUUUAUUAAAGUUCGGAUUUGUUUGAACCAGUCUCGUUUAUUUUCUCUUUCUCGAUUGUUUUGUUAAGUUUUUUUUUCACCAUAGAAUAGUCAUCAUGGUCGUUUCUUCAGUUUAUGAUGUUGUUUUUGUUGUCGAAGAUACUGCAAAUUUAGCAGCCUAUAUUGACAUCUUGAAGUCGAAUUAUGUGAUGCCAACUCUUCAGUAUUUCAAUGGAGGUCCACCAGAUUCCAUUGAUUAUGGGCAUGAUUAUAGCUGUAGUUUAUAUGUAUUGGUGACCUAUAACAGUGGUGAUAUCAUGUCCUCAUUAUCAGCUAACUGUACACGACCUACCACCAGUAUCCAUGAAUUUAGUACGUGGCUUGACAAUACUAAGUUUUUAGGGGGUGCUGGCCAGAGUAGUAGUCUAUUAUCUGAAGGGUUAAGUACAGCUUUACAAGUUUUUGAUGAUAUCAAAGCUAGAAGAAAUGAAAGUAUAAGUAGUCAGAAGCAUUGUAUAUUAUUAUGUAAUUCACCACCAUUUCAUCUUUCAAGUCAAGAAAGUUAUAAUUAUUCUGGUUUUUACAGCAAUCAAUUGGCAGCCAAGAUGGCCAAGAGAGGUGUGAAUUUAUCUAUUAUUUCUCCAAGAAAAAUUGCUGCCUUACAAGAACUGUUUGAAGAGUCAAGUAGCCCAGAUUUACAUAGUUCUACAAUGAAAGAUUUUACAGUAGACCCUAGACACAUGGUUUUAUUACGGGGUUAUGAGUUAGAAGAGAGAUCUCAUAGUCCAAGUUUGGAAGAUGAAAAACAAACAUCAGAUCUAAUUAAAUCUAGUCUAGCUAGUGCAAAUGUAAACAUGGGAAAUAAAGUUCAGUCCCCUGCUGCUGCUAUGGAUGGUGGAAGCUUUAAACAUCCAGGUCAGACCAUGAACAAUCCCAAUCAAUCCAUUAAUCCAAUAUCAAUGAAUAGUCAACAACCAUCUCCUGGUGCUCAGUUAUCUCCCCUUAAUGUUCAAAAUCAGCCUUCACCUCAGAUGGCACAACAAGUUAAUAAUCCAAAGAAAGACCAACAGAAUAUCAUCAUGCCUGGUCAGAGAACUAAUUUAGGAGGUAACAUGAAUACAUUACGUCCUCAGAAUAUUAUAACGUCUCAACAACAGAGCAUACCACAACAGAUUAUAAAUCAGUCUGUAUCAUCUUCUACUAAUAAUCCUAAUAUAUCAUCUAUACCACCUCAUACUACUGGUAAUAUGAUAUCAACACAACAACCACCCAUGUCACUACCUUCUAAUCAGACUCAAGGUAUAAUGAAUCAAGUUGGUAAUCAACAACAAUUUGUACAACAAUCACAACAACAACAGAAACAACCAAAUACUAUAAAUGCUGGUCCAUCAUCUGCUCCCAACCCUACUGGAAUGCCUGGUUUUCCUAAUAACCCUGGUGAAAAACGUGUUAUUUGGAGAGGUGUGUUAGAUUAUCAAGAGAAACCACAAAAAAUCUCACGAUCUCUAUCCUGUAAUGUUACUCUAGGACCCUCUGAUCCUGAUGUCAAUGCUAGUAAUUGGCCCAGUAAAUUAUUAAUGCAGUUAUUACCACAGAAUAUGUUAUGUGAAUUAACAAGUUUAUUUAAAAAUUCACGUCAAGUUUCCUUUAAUUUUAACCCUAGUGAUAUGGAUAUACUUAAAUCUUUACACAAAAUUAUGGGCAAUGGAUUCGCUGGUUGUGUCCAUUUUCCAAGCACAAGCCAUUGUGAUGUUCGAGUUUUAUUAUUAUUAUACAGUAGUAAAAAGAAAGCCUUUAUUGGACUUAUACCAAAUGAUCAAGUUGCCUUUGUACAGGGAAUUAGAACAGUGCUCAGUAAACAUAAAGAAAGAUCACAAGUACGUCAAGCUAUGAUGUCACAAUCAUUUUCUGUUCAACAAUCUUUAUCAACACCUCCACAGAUGCAGCAACAGCAGCAGCAGCAACAACAACAGCAGCAAGGUGGUGGGGCAAGUGUUGGUGGUGUAGGGCAAGGUGUGAGUGGUGUAGGGACGACCGGUGUUGUUGGGCCAGCAGUUAGUGGUGUUGGUCAGACUGUAGGGAAUGUCAGUACUGGUGUUGGCUUAGGUCCUAAUAAUCCAAUGACUUCUACUCCCAAUAUGACUUUAAUGUCAGGGCAGAUGCAGAAUCAAAUACCAAGUACUAUGUCUGGACCAGUAUCAACAACAGCACAAGGUCCAGGUCAGCCACAGUCAAUGGCUCAGCUGACUUCUAAUGUACAACAGCAACAACAACUAUUACAACAAGUAGCAUCAGCUCAACAACCAUUGGGUUCUGGCCAACCUCAAGAUGGCUCUAAUGUUGCCAUGUUACAACAACAGAUACAAGCUCUACAACAAGAAUUACAGGGUGCUAAACAAGAACAAGCAAAAAUGGCUGCUGCUCGCCAACAACAGAAAUUAAUGGCUCAUAGACAGCAAUUACAGCAACAGCAGAUUCAACAACGUCAAUUACAACUGCAACAGCAGCAACAACAACAACAACAUCAAGCAUCGAAUCAGCAACAACUACGUCAUCUAUUACUCAAUCAACAACACAUGCGUCAGCAACAACAGAUUAUGAUGCAACGAGGUGCAGCUCCCCCUCAACAACCUGGUGUCAUUCCUACAGAUGGACAACAAAACAUACAGAUGCAGCAACAAAAUCCUUCUCAGAACUUUAUAUCUGAUUUUAAUUUACCAGAUAACUUUUAAACAUUUCCAAAACAGAACAUAAAACACAGUAGUCAAAUCUGAUUGGCCCAUGAAAAUAACGCUUAACUUUUGGAGGUUGGAUAAAUAUUCACGUAUUUUGGUGAUAUUCUUACUUUACAUUUCUGAUCUAAGAAACAGGCUUGAAACCCUAUAUCAGAAAUCACGGUUAUCAUUGGCUUUUGACUGGACUGGAAUCCAGCGUAAUUUGUAAUUAAGCAAAGGCAUAGUUGAUCAUCCAAGACUAAAUCAUAACAAAAUAAGUGCAGUCCACAUGAUUUGGGGGUACAAUAACCAGUGAAGGAAGCU